AUGCUACGCGUCGUCGUCUCCCCCCUCCCCGCCCUCCACCCGCUCCUCCGGCGUGGGCCUCUGCUAAACCAUAAACCCCUGCUCCGCUCGCGCCUUCAGCCGUGGCCGUUCCGCGCGCUCUCGUCCCCCGCCGACGCUGCCAGCGCGCCCAGCGCAGCGGUGAAGGGGGAGGCGGUUGCGUUGGAGGAGCACCUUACGCGGUGCGCGGCGGCGUGCAGGGCGCCGUUGCGAGUGGCGGUGCUGGUGAGCGGCGGGGUGGACAGCAGCGUCGCGCUCCGCCUCCUCCACGCCGCCGGCUAUCAUUGCACCGCGUUCUACCUGAAGAUUUGGUUCCAGGAAGAUUUCAGGAACUUUUGGUCCGAGUGCCCAUGGGACGAGGAUUUAAAGUAUGCACAAGCUGUUUGUGACAAGAUUGAUGUGCCAUUGGAGGUGGUACAUCUAUCUGAUGAAUACUGGAACCAUGUGGUGUCACAUAUGAUCAAUGAGUAUCGCUGCGGUCGUACACCAAAUCCUGAUGUUCUGUGCAACACGAGAAUAAAGUUUGGGGCUUUCUUAGAAGCUAUUGAAAAUUUGGGAUUUGAUUAUAUAGCUUCAGGACAUUAUGCACGCGUAGUACAUCCUUCCGCUGAAAAUACUGAAGCGCCAUACGUACUGCAAUUAUCAAAGGACAAGGUCAAAGAUCAAACCUAUUUCCUCUCACAUCUAUCUCAAUCUCAGCUUAGAAGGCUUCUUUUCCCACUAGGAUGUAUUACGAAGGACGAGGUUCGCAGACUGGCUACUCAAAUGGGCCUUCCUAACCAAGGUAGGAAGGACUCACAAGGGAUAUGCUUUCUUGGAAAGGUCAAGUUUAGUGAGUUUGUUGAAAGACAUAUAGGAGAAAUGGAAGGAAUCAUACUGGAAGCUGAGUCUGGAGAUUACCUAGGGAAACACCGUGGGUUUUGGUUCUAUACAAUUGGUCAGCGGCAAGGAUUACGGCUUCCUGGAGGACCUUGGUACGUUGUAGAGAAAGAUGUUCAAAACAAUGUGGUUUUUGUAUCAAGGAAUUACUAUUCAUUGGAUAAGCGGAGGCGCACAUUUCGUGUUGGAUCACUAAAUUGGUUUGACAAUUCUGGACCUGGAAACAACGAGCAACUUAAAUGCAAGGUGCGGCAUAGCCCUGAAUUUCACGAUUGCACUUUGAUAAAAGAGCAUACGGAAGAAAAUGAGGAUGCUUUGGUGGUGCAUCUGUCCGAAGAUGACCAGGGCUUAGCAGGUGGUCAGUUUGCAGCGUUCUAUAGUGAAAAUUCAUGCCUGGGAUCAGGCAUCAUUUUGGAUUCAUGGGACAAGAUGAGCUUCCCUGUCUGCUCAAGGGCACUCGAAAUCGCUAAAUUGGAGGACAAAUCGAGCUUAGGGAAGCCAGAAGUAGAAAAGAGGAAUCUUCGCCUACUCGCGGCCGUCGAUUUCGAUGAAGAUGGCCAACUUGAGCCUGGAUCGAGCUCUGUACCUGUAGACUUCCAGUCCUCUGCUACCUACAAAAUGUCAGUGCGCCGUCGGUCAGCAAGCAUGGAAGGGCUGCUCAUGCUUGAUGACAGGAAAGAACGGAGAUCAGAUGUGGACAACUCAGAGGACGAGCGAAGGCGGCUAUCGAUCGGGUCACUGAAGAAAAAGGCACUGAAUGCAUCAAACAAGCUCACACAUUCACUCAAGAAGAGGGGAAAAAGAAAGGUGGAGCAUCGGGCAUCAUCCUUCACAAUCGAAGAUGUCAGGGAUGAGCAAGAGGAGCGAGCCGUCUUUACCUUCCAGCAAGAACUUCUGAACAGGAACUUGCUGCCUGACAAGCAUAAUGAUUAUCACUUGUUGCUGAGGUUUUUUAAGGCUAGAAAAUUUGACACUGAGAAAGCGAUCCAUAUGUGGGCUGAGAUGCUCCAGUGGAGGAAAGAGUUUGGAGCAGAUACAAUACUAGAGGACUUCAGUUUUGAAGAGCUAGAUGAUGUGCUAUGCUAUUAUCCUCAGGGCUACCAUGGAGUUGACCGGCACGGAAGACCAGUAUACAUUGAGAGAUUAGGGAAAGUGGAACCAAAUAAAUUGAUGCACAUUACUACGGUUGAUCGCUACAUGAAGUAUCAUGUGCAAGAGUUUGAAAGAGCCUUCAGGGACAGGUUUCCUGCAUGCUCUAUUGCAGCAAAAAGACAUAUCGAUUCUACAACUACUAUACUAGAUGUCGAUGGUGUGGGUCUCAAGAACUUCAGCAAAACAGCAAGAGAUAUGUUAAGUAGAAUGCAGAAGAUUGACAGUGAUUAUUAUCCAGAGACGCUGCAUCAGAUGUUUGUUGUGAAUGCUGGUAGCGGUUUCAAGCUACUAUGGAAUUCUGUGAAAGGCUUUCUUGACCCUAAAACUGCUUCGAAGAUACAUAUUUUGGGAACAAAGUUUCAGAACAAACUUCUGGAAGUAAUAGAUGCAAGCCAACUUCCUGAAUUUUUGGGGGGGACAUGCACUUGUGCUGCUGUGGGAGGAUGCCUGAGGUCUAACAAAGGUCCAUGGAAUGAUCCACAUAUUAUGAAGCUUGCACAUAACAAGGAAGCAAAAUUUACAAGACAUACCAGACGUUUAUCCGAGAUUGAGCAAAGGAUGAGUUCAUUUGCUAGGUUACAUCUUUUGAAGAGUAGAAACAGUGACACGUCAACUGUGGAGUCAGGGUCUGAAAUUGAUGAUCUUGGUUCUCCGAUGAUGAGAAGCACAGUGGGGUGUAGUCGAUUGGCCCCAGUUCGUGAAGAGAUUCAGAUGAGAGCUCGAGACUCUGCAGCUUAUUACAGCUGUGACGAUCACUUUGUUGUGGUGGACAAAACGGUUGACUAUGGUCGAGGAGGAUCAAUGUCAGAUAAAACCAGUGCUUCAGAAGUAAAAACUCAAGUUCGGCCACUGGAUGCUAGCACAGCAGCACACAUGGCUGGUCCCUCAAGUAACAGACGAGGUACAGUAGUACCUAAAGAGGUUUCAGAUGAAGGAGCAUUCCAUUGCUUUGUCAGGCUACUUCUGGCUUUUAUUGUCAAAGUCUUCGCCUUCUUUCACAUAGUAUAUAGUCAGCAGGAGACGAGGGCCAACAACCCACUACCUCUAGCCGAACCAGAACCGAUUUCUGACGAUCAUCCGGCAGUAGAGGCUUUCAAUGUAGACCACAUCAGUCCUGUCAUAGAGCGCCUUCAGAGACUUGAAGGGAAGGUCGAUGAGCUUGGCAGCAAGCCCCCAGCGAUUCCUAUGGAGAAAGAACGAUCCCUCUUGGAUUCAUGGAAUAGGAUAAAAUGUAUUGAAUCUGACCUGGAGCAAACAAAGAAGGUGCUGCAAGCCACGGUGAUGAAGCAAUUGGAAAUCGCUGAGUCGCUAGAGGAAGUGAUUAGAUCGAACCUACGUAUGAUGUUAGGAUGGAUGGCAAGGGCUAGAAAAAUAGAAGAGAUAGAAAUGUGGAAAGUAGGUGGUACAGAUAUGAGGCACAGUGUGCCUGAACAAAAUUGUGCGAUAUUUCUUAUGAAUCAUAGGAAGGAACGUGUCAGGGCGACUCAAUCUGCAGACGUGGAGAAGCGCGGGAACGAUGAAGUUGCGUUAUCAGGAUGGGCUCGCAAGCAAUCGAGCCCCAUCGGUGGGCAUCCUCACCAAGCCUGGGAUGGCGCGGCGUCCUCAUCUGUCAGCAACCUAGCCAUUGGCCCUGAUGGGCACCGCGUAGCAUCGCAUCACUGGGAGCUCGAGGCUGAAAGCCCUAUGUUAACCUUCUACUCUAGUGCUGUGAUUGAGAAAUGUUAG